CCCAAACCCACGCACAUUAUGGAGUUAACGUUUUAGCUAUAUGUAUUGGUUUAUCAUUUUGGUGAUGAUAAUGAGAUUUAUUUAUUGUUACAUAAAACUAUUUUAAUGCUGCCGUUAUUUUAGUGAAGAUGUCAAGGUACUUGGUUAUGUAUUCAUUCCCCAAUUUUUGAAAGCAGCCUGUCAUGGUCGUUGAUAAUUACGUAUCCAAGUUUAUAAUUCAAUGCAGUCGGUAGACUCGGCGGACAGGAUGAUGGAGGACCUGCAAGGGGCGGACAUAUGCCGGGUGUGCCGCUCGGAGGGCGUGCCCGACCGCCCGCUGUACCACCCCUGCAUCUGCACCGGCAGCAUCAAGUGGAUCCACCAGGAGUGCCUGCUGCAGUGGAUGCGGUACAGCCGCAAGGAGUACUGCGAGCUGUGCGGCCACCGGUUCUACUUCACGCCCAUCUACUCGCCCGACAUGCCCAGGAGGCUGCCGCUCCGCGACGUGGCCGGGGGCCUGCUGUCGAGCGUUGCCACCGCCGUCAAGUACUGGCUGCACUACACGCUGGUGGCGGUGGCCUGGCUGGGCGUGGUGCCGCUCACCGCCUGCCGCAUCUACCGCUGCCUCUUCACCGGCUCCGUCGACUCCGUGCUGACCCUGCCGCUUGACAUGCUGUCGACGGACAACAUAGCCUCCGACGUCUUCCACGGCGUGAUCGUGGUGACCUGCACGCUGUUUGCGUUCAUCUGCCUGGUCUGGCUGCGCGAGCAGAUCCUGCACGGUGGCGGGCCCGACUGGCUGGAGGGGGGCGGUGACAACAACCAGCAGCAGCAGCAGCAGCAGCAGCAGCAGCAGCAGCAGCAGCAGCAGCAACCACCGCAGCAGCAGCAGCAGCAGCAGCAGCAGCGGCGCGAGGGGGCAGGGGCGGGCGACCGGCCGGACGAACCGCCCCUCCCGAACAACAACAACGUGCCCGAGCCGGGGCCUCCGGACCAGCUGCCCGCGGACCAGGAGGAGGCCGGGGCGGGGCCCGACCCCCUGGAGAACGAGCCGGACGCGGGCGGCGGGGUUCCCGCGGGGGCCGGCGACGAGGCCAACUGGAACCCCAUGGAGUGGGACCGCGCGGCGGAGGACCUGACCUGGGAGCGGCUGCUGGGGCUGGACGGCUCGCUGGUGUUCCUGGAGCACGUGUUCUGGGUGGUGUCGCUCAACACCCUGUUCGUGCUGGUGUUCGCCUUCUGCCCCUACCACGUGGGCCACGUGGCGGUGGCGGGCCUGGGGCUGCGCGAGCUGGCCGCCGCGUCCCACUUCGAGGGGCUGGUGACCACGCUGUGCGGCUACUGCGCGGCGGGGCUGUGCCUGGCGCUGCUGCACGCAGCGGCUGCCGUGUUCGACCUGCGCCGGUCGCGCCGCGUCCUCGGCCUCUGCUACGUCGUCGUCAAGGUAUCGUUGCUGUCGGUGGUGGAGAUCGGAGUCCUGCCGCUCAUCUGCGGCUGGUGGCUGGACAUCUGCUCCCUGUCCAUGUUCGACGCCACCCUGCGAGACCGCGAGUCCAGCUUCCGCGCCGCCCCGGGCACCUCCAUGUUCAUCCACUGGCUGGUCGGCAUGGUGUACGUGUACUACUUCGCCUCGUUCGUGUUCCUGCUGCGCGAGGUGCUGCGGCCGGGCGUCCUCUGGUUCCUCCGCAACCUCAACGACCCGGACUUCAGUCCCAUCCAGGAGAUGAUCCACCUGCCGAUAGUGCGCCACGUGCGCAGACUGCUGGCGUCGGCGGUGAUCUUCGGCACGGCGGUGAUGCUGAUGCUGUGGCUGCCCGUGCAGAUACUGCGUGCGGCGUGGCCCAGCUUCCUGCCGUACACUGUCGCGCUGCAGAGCGAGGCCCAGGUCAACGAGCUGUCUCUUGAACUCUUGCUGCUGCAGGUGAUCCUGCCGGCGCUACUGGAGCAGUCGCACACGCGCACCUGGCUGAAGGGACUGGUGCGAACGUGGUGCCGUGCCGUGUCCUGGCUCCUGGACCUGCGCUCCUACCUGCUGGGCGACGCCGAGGGAGAGGGGGAGCCGCCGCGCCACGACCCCGCCGACAACCACGCGGCGGGCGGCCUGGGCGCCGCCCACCAGGCCCUGCUCCAGCGCGAGGGCCCGACCGGCUUCCAGCCGUACGAGCGGCCGCGCUGGUUCCCUGCGCGCCUGGCCGGCCUGCUGUGCGCGGUGUGCGUGACGCUGCUGCUGGCCAGCCUGGCGGCCCUCACGCUGCCCGUGUGGCUGGGGCGGCGCGUCAUGGCGCCGUGGCUGGGGCCGGCCGGCGGCCGUGUGCACGAGCUGUACACGGCGGCCUGCGGCACGUACCUGUGCUGGCUGGCGGCGCGCGCGGCGGCGCUGGUGCUGGGCUGGCUGCCGCAGGGCCGAGCCGCCGUGGUGGCGCGCCUGCGGCAGUGGUGCGUGCUGGGGGCCCGGUCUGCCGUGGCCUGCGCGCUCCUGCUGGGCGUGGUGCCGCUGCUGUUCGGCCUGCUGCUGGAGCUGGUGGUGGUGGUGCCCCUGCGUGUGCCUCUCGACCAGACCCCGGUGCUGUUCGUGUGGCAGGACUGGGCGCUGGGCGUGCUCUACACCAAGAUAGCGUGCGCCGUCACCAUGAUGGGGCCCGACUGGGCCCUGCGCCGCUCCAUCGAGCGCACCUAUCGCGACGGCAUCCGCAACAUGGACCUGAGGUUCGUGCUGUGCGAGCUGGCGGCCCCCGUGGUGACGUGCCUGGGGUCGGCGCUGGCCGUGCCGUACGCCGUGGCCCACGGCGUCGUCCCGCUGCUCGUCACCAGCCCGCACCUGUGCAACCUCAUUGCCCGUCGCCUCUACCCCUUCCUCCUGCUCAUCCUGCUGGUGGGCGGCGUGGUCAGCCUGCAGGUGCGCCAGUUCCACAAGCUCUACGAACACAUCAAGAACGACAAGUACCUGGUGGGACGCAGGCUCGUCAACUACGACCAUCGUCGCCCGAGGUCCUCCAUCCAGCACUGACGCGCGUCUCGUCUCGUCGACUGUACCCUGCGUAUUGGCUUGGAGUAACAUCUCAGUUUGCCCUUUUUGCGUAAAUCAGUGUUAAGCUAGAAGCUUUGCAAUUUCAUUUGUACAAUUGUAGGUUAAAUGGAGAUAAUUAUUGGUUAUAGUGUAUGUAGUUCUGUAAAUAGUAGAAUUGUACAGUCAUAGUUUAUCAAUUUUCCGUUUUAGAUAAAAUUCAAGGUGUUUGAAUCAUCCAUUUCAUUGGGUUGGUUAGUUAAAAGUACGUUUUUUAGUACUGUAAAAUAGUUAUAUAUAUUAUUUUUUUUUUUUUUACUUUAAUGUGACCGAAUUUCUUAAUGACUGUGAUGUGACCACAUAUUCAUAUUAAGGAUUCAUAUUAAAGUGUGACCAGUACAAUGCAACUGUUGUUGGAAAUGUAAAUAUGGGAAUGUUUAAAUGAUAGCAUUUCUUAACUUCAGCUGAAAUAUUUUGGUAUUUGCUUGAGUUUUAAGUUGAAUACACACAGGUAGAAAUGUUCUUGUUUGUGUACUUUUAUUUUAGAUUUUCUCUAAUUAUAGUGGUUACUUAAUUAUAGUUUUCAUGACACCAAUAAACUUAAUCUACCAGAGAGAUUUGAUGAAUAUGUAGUGAUUUUUGUGUACAAAUAUUUUUGAAUUACAUUAUACAGUUCCAAAAUGACUUUUGAUUAUUAAAAUUGGAACUGAGAAGUAUAUACUACUGCUUUCACUAAUUCAAACAAUUUUGAAUAUAAUAUUAAAAUUGUAUUUUAAAGUGUUAAUGAUAAUUUUCAAAAUUAAUAAAUUAUAAAAUUGUUAAAAUCUUAAUUUACUGAUAAGUAUGUGUACACAAUUUAAGUAGCUAUUAAAAAAAAAACUUUCUUUGCUUUAAAUUCUGUAAGUUUUAUUUCAUCAUAUACAAACCUUUGUUGUAUAAUUUUGUUUAAGGUAACAUUAAGGGACAUCUGCAAAUCAUUAACAUAUUUUGCUGCCCCAAAAUUAUCCAGUAAAUAUCUGGCAAUUCAAACACUGUAUAAUGGUUUGGGGUGGAUGCAUGGGCUAGAUGGAGGGAUAUAUCUCCCCUCCCCCAAAAUUGUAAGUAAUCUUAAAAAAAAUUGAUCAUAACCACCAAUAAAAGGAAAGAAUUUGAGAGCAAACAGCAGGCAAAGAGGUUCUAUCCGCCUCUCCGAAAUGAAAUUCUGCGGAUGCUCCCGACAAUGGAUUCUAAACAUGCUCAUCUUUGUUCUGAAACAGUUGGCAAAAAAAAAUUGGCUGGAAAAUGCAUACCACAGAUUGUGGUAAAGCAUGUAUUAAGUCUAUCAAAUAUGGAAAUUCAUGUGUUAGGUUUUUUCUUUUUUCAUAAUCUUGUUUGCUGAAUUUAAUUAAGAUUAUGAUUUUGCGCAAAACACGUGGUGUAUGAUAAGAUGUUAUUAAAGACAAAACAAUUCUACUAAUGAUGAACAUCACUGGUUUGAACCGGAAUUAUUAUUUUUUUUUUUCCAUUUAUAUUGAAAUGGUUAGUUUUUUUGUGUGUGUGUUCUGUCUCUUUGAAACUAUCUCUGACUGUGUUAAUAUUAUACAUAUAUUUUGAUAUUUCUGUACAUGGUAAGCAAAAAUAGUCUUUACUUUUAAAUACUAACCAGUGCAUUCGGUUCACCUGAAAUGUUUUUAAGUAAAUGGAGGAUCUUGGAAAGAUAUACUUGUUACAGUUAACUUCUUGCACAUUCUGUAAAUAUUGAUGCAGUAGUUGUUUCCUGUGAGUUUAAACUCUUUCUAAACAUGGAUUGUGUUGUAAAAUUAGAAUUUGUAAUUUAUUAUUACACCCAUUAUUUGGCAUGGUAAAUAUAUAAAUAUCCAAACAAUUUCUCACAGUGUAAAUGAAUUGGUACGUACUGUGCUGGAAGAUAAGUCAUUUGAAUCAUUUUGAAUGAUGCAGAAGCCAUGAGAUAAUGUCAUGGAAAAUGAACACUAUAAGUUGGGAAUUUAACUUGAAAAUAUAAUUUUAGUUAGAGCUGGGAGAGAACAUAGUUUUUCUCAAAAACCGGGAAUGUAUAUUUCCCGAAACAGACGGGAAAUUACUUUUUCAUGUUUUCCGAUUUUACUCUGGUAGUAGAAACGCUUGACUAUGAAUAUGUCACACCAUGUAUCUUUUUAAGCAUACCUUUGAGUACUUUAUAUGUUCUGGACAAGACAACGGUAAAGUUGAAUACCAUACACAACAAUUGCGCGAAAAAUAAAUAUUCUGGACACCACAAGUUGCAAGUGUGAUUUGGAUAGGGCUGGGCCGAUGCCGAUUCCGAUUCUUAAGUAUCGGCCGAUAUUCAGAGUAUCGGCAUCGGCAGCAUCUGUAAAAUAAUUGCCGAUACUUCGUGCCGAUACCUCAGUCCAAGUUCUUAAACUGUGUAACAGCAAAUUCUCUCUAGUACGUCCCUCUUGUUAACGUACAAUCCAGUAUAACGUAUAAAGCCACCGGUCUUGAAACACCAUGCAAAUUAAUAGGCAUAAUAAAUAUAUAACGUACGUUUUUCAAAGCCCUGGACUGUAAUUUCUCGUUAAUACGUAUAUUUUUGCCGAUAUUAUUUAUACAAAAUAUUAAACAUUUUCUCAUUUCAUUCACAAUUAUAUAGCUUUGUUUAACAACAGGUCUUGUGGAAAUUGUUUACAGACGUUUUCUUUAUUUCGUUGAGUAAAAUGGCAGGUGCAGUGCUGGUAACCGUGCGGAUAGAAAUUUCAUUCGUAUAAAAAAAUUUCCGUUUUUUGUGUGAUUGGUGUAGCAACAUAUCAUUUAUGCGGAAUAAUCAAGAGUUAUAAAUAAAAAACGCUCAACUUUUUCAACUAGGAAAAAAACUAUUCGAUAAUAUUUAUCCUACAAAAUGCGUAUUUUCGCGUUUGAAUUUGUAGCAAUGGAUAUUGGCCGAUGGCGGCCAUAUCUGGCUAGGUACAUAAAACGUGGAUUAUACGAUGGCCAACGACUACUAAUGCGUUUAUGUUACCGUUUGUUUUCUGUUUCGAAGACCUAACCCAUAAUUUGUUUGUAAACAUCAUUUCAAAUUAACAUCUUUCGCAAUUGUACACAAUUGUAAUACGUAUACAACAUUUAUUUAACAGCUCUAGUGGCACACAGUUUCCGACGUUAGUGAACAUUUUGUGACGUUUCGUGAAGCUUGUUUAAUGGCAACGUGACGACGUGGAUAACUAGUUUAUAUUUUUAUAUUUAGUGUAUGACGGCAGCAUAUGUAGUUAGGCCUAACCGUAGAAGUUAUGAGUACCCAAAAGCGUGUGGGUAUCAGCAUUGCAAAGUUAUGAAAGACAUUUCUCAAAGGAAAGUUCAAACAAACAUUCUUGACUAUAUGAAAAAAACUGUAGGUACUGUAUGUUGAACAGUUGAACAUUAUUUUAUAAUUGGGUUUGCAUAUGUCCAGCUAUUAGGGGAAAAAGUACACACAAAAUGCAAAUCCUGCCAAUUAUUUCUCAUGGACUGGUACUGUUCCAAUGCAUGCCAGUGCAUUUGGCAUGUCUAAUUCAACUGUAACAAAAGGUCGUGCAGGAUUUCAAUUUUUGGUAAAUAUGUAGUGUACGGAUUAUCGUCAAAAAAAUUUUUAAAAAUCUGAAAUAACUUUCAUUAUAUGCUCUUUUACGUCCUCUUUUCAUUACAGCCUGCGGAGAUAGGAAAUACCAAAUACUUAAUAUGAAAUUAAAAAAUACUUUAUAAGUAAAAUAUCCUUUCAUAACACAAACAUUUCUUUGGUUAGUAUCGGCAUCGAGUAUCGGCAGUAUCGGCCCAUAAGAAUCGCUAUCGGUGGAAUCGGUGAAAAGUGGUAUCGGCCCAGCCCUAGAUUUGGAUAGGUUUAAAAUAAUGGAACUGAAAGAAAAGAUACAAAAGAUAACUAAUUUUUUUUACUUAUUUAAGUGGAAGUCUGGCUUUCUCUUUUGUUCAAUGAUGGGGGCGACUUAAAUGCUGCCCCUUAAAAGGGCAGCCCUUCAGGAUUUUUCUGGCAAUGGUUUGUUUGUACAGCGACUGGAAGGGCAGCCCAUCCAAUUUCUGAAAACAUGUUUUUUUUAAGCGUUUAAAUAAUCCUGAAAACUUGCCCCUUGGAAAGGCAGCCCAUCAGGAUUUUUCUGACAGUAGUAUUUUUGAAAGGUUGUCUGAAUUGUUGCCCCUUGGAUGGGCAGCCCUUCAGGAUUUUUCUGACAGUGGUUAGUUUGUUAAGUGACCUAACCUAACCAAGGGCUGCCCUUCCAAGGGGCAAUUCAGACAACCUUUCAAAAACACCACUGUCAGAAAAAUCCUGAUGGGCCGCCCCUUCAAGGGGCAAGUUUUCAGGAUUAUUUAAACACUUAAAGAAACAUGUUUUCAGAAAUUGGAUGGGCUGCCCUUCCAGUCGCUGUACAAACAAACCAUUGCCAGAAAAAUCCUGAAGGGCUGCAUUCCAAGGGGCAACAAUUCAGCUCCUCCCAAUGACUUGGUGUAUUUACUUUUCUCUAAAACACACAUUGUGUUAAUUCACUUUGGAGUUGACGAAUCAUUACUGCAAAUGACUCUAGCUAAUCAAGUUGCUGCUUUCAUUCCUCAGUACCAUUUGUACGUUGUAGAAGACUUUGUAGCAUGCUCUAUAACCUUAAGUGAUGCAUGGAACAACUGAAACCAGUGGCUCAUUUGUAAUCAAUAUUUCCAGAGAUACUCUAUUAACUGGACAAAGUUUUGGGUGAACCAUGUUCAUGGCUUUGUUAUAUUUUUAUGAAGAUAUAAAUUAAUUUAUGUCCAUUUGCAGAAAAUUUUUUUUUUUCAAUAAUGAUAAUCCAUUUCUAUUGGUAUCACAUAUUGUUCCAGAAUGAAUUGUCAGUAUUGGUUUCAAAUGUUUGGUUUGAUUUAGGAAUUUUUCAAAUAGGAUGUAGAAGUCAUAUUUUCAUGAUAUGUGAGUUGCUCUUGUUUUGUGUUAGAAAUUCAGUGGAACUCUUUUUACAUCCCUAAUCUUGCAAUUGUCUGUGCUUUUACACCACAGUUCAUUGGUCCCAUGUCAUGCUCUUACUAUUUGAAUGUCUCUCUCUCUCUCUCUCUCUCUUUCUCUCACUUGCCUUACGCAUUUUCUCCUGGUCCCAUGAUAACUUUGAAAAAUGAGUUCUGCUGCUUAGUUCUCAUAUUUUGCUUACCUUCACAAAGUAGUUCAGAAUUCACAUCAUUAUAAAUGCAUAUGAAUGUUUUGUUGAAUGAUAAAAAGAGCCUGUUUAUAAGUGAUGUAUAAAACAAUUUGUAACUAGUGCAAAAAAAAAACUUCCCAUCCGAAAGCACUGUUCAAAAUAAAUGUUUCGCAACUACCAAA